CCAACAGCCGUUCAAAUUCCCCAUCUUCUGCCAGGCGGCAGCCCAUGUUCGGCAGAAACACGCCUUCAAGGAUUGACACCGGUUUGAAUUCUAGGCAGACGCGGAUACCAGGGUCACAUAGCCAGGGUGCCAGCCGAGAGGGUAGCCCUGCGAGGAGUUUUAAAGGCCAGAGUGAAAGAAGAUUGAGCGGCAGCAGCAGCAAAUUACCCAGCGGCAGAAAAACACCAGUUUUAUCACAGAGGCUGCUGAGGCACGGAUCCGAUGUGGAGGAUGCGUUACAGAAUGCUUUGGUCAAAGUUGAACAGCAGAAACGAUUUGAUCAGUACGAUUCAGAUGAUGCAGCCAGUGAAACCUCAAGUGUGUGUUCUGAGCGGUCACAUAAUUCUUACAGUGGGAGGGCAAUUGAGGACCUGGGAUCUAUAAUCGCACAGCUGGGCAGCUCCUCACAUCUAGACCGGAAGGAAGGUCUCUUGUCCCUUCAGCAUUUACUACGCAGCAAUAGAUGUUUAAGCCGGGCGGAACUAAAGAAAGUUUCUGAAAUGUUUACUAGAAUGUUCCAUGAUCCUCAUAGUAAAGUGUUCACCAUAUUCCUCGACACACUCAUAGAGCUGGUCUACCUGCAGAGCGCCGACCUGGUGGACUGGCUGCACAUCUUGCUUCCCAGGCUGCUGACCAAGGCUGGCGGGGAGAUGCUGGGCUCUGUUGCCAACAAGGUUCAGAAGGCCCUGGAUGUUAUCAGAGACUGUUUUCCAUUUGACCAACAGUUCAACAAUUUGUCCAAAUUUAUUGUAGACCAGUCUCAAGGACCCAACAUAAGGAUUCGUGUAGCCGUACUGAACUAUUUACACAGUUUAUUGCUGACUAUGGAUCCAUCCGACUUUGUCAACUCCAUGGACGCUCGACUGGCCGUAUCCAAGGUCAUCAGUUGGACAAUGGAACCAAGAAAUGCGGACGUCAGAAAGGCCUCACAGUCAGUAUUGAUAGCCCUGUUCAACCUGAACCCAGCAGAAUUCUCUGUGCUGUUGUCUGAACUGCCGAAAACAUUCCAGGAUGGUGCCACACGGAUUCUCCACAGUCACAUCAGAUCAGCAAGUGAAGGGACCACAGACGUCUUGUCUCCACGAAAUGUGGCCAGCCCGCCUGGUCAGAACAGAUCUCGGCCACCUUCUCGAUCCAGCCAGGGUCACCCCGACAGCUUUGAAACAGAAAACCUCAACCCAGAAGACAUCUUCAACUCCAUCAAGAAGACAUCAGCGGACAUUCAGAGCCUCAGCAUCAGCAGCAAGCUGGAGCCCUACGAUGAGAUGAAGAAGAAGCACGACUUUACCUCCCAAGAUUCUGGCAUUCAGGAUUUACGGAUGGACAGUCCCGACGGGUUGGAUCACAAGAGAAGUUUCUUUGGCUAUUCACAGAAACCUGGGAGUCCUGGCUGUAUUUUGGGAACAGGUUUCUAUAGCAAGAAGGAGUUGGAUGUGACCCAGGACGAGGUCAGCAAGAUUAUUUGUGAUGUCCUGGAGGAGUUAUCCAAUCACAAUCAGAGGGUUGAGCAGAGGAAGAACGCCAUGCUGUGCCUACAGGGACUGGUGGACAAAGGUUCGGUGACCCAGGUCCUGCUGGAGGAGCAUUUCAAGUCACUGCUGCUGAUUCUCUUGGAGACCCUGGGGGAUGCAAACGGUGAUGUGAAAGUGCUGGCUCUGAAGUGUCUCCAGAAGAUGCUGCUGCAGUUUCCCAAACGGUUUGAAAGCUUUGCGGAACUGACAAUCCUCAAGGUUUUGGAGCUGCACAAAGAUGACACGUACAAAGAUGUGCCCUAUGGAGCGUCAGAAGUUGAAGACACAAUUGUACAGGUUCUUCCCCCUGAACAGACUUUCAGGAUCCUCACCCCGAUUAUACAGACCAUGGAAUACCACAUGGCAUGCGGAGCAAUCCAGAUGAUGACAAAGGUUGUUGAAAAGAUGCCAAAAGAGUUGCUAGAAAUGUCUCUCCCAAACUUGAUACCAGGGCUGUUUAAGAACUUUGAGCACAAAGAGUCACCGGUGCGGAAAGCCAGUUGCUUCUGUCUUGUAGCUAUCUACCUGAGGGUGGAAGAGGCAAUGAAGCCUUACAUGGAGACACUCAACAGCCAUAGGAUGAAACUGUUAAACCUGUACAUAAAGAAACGCAAGCAAGAGGACAGCAAGUAA